CGUACAUAUGCCAAAAACUUCGACAGUAGUGAUGUUUCUCUUGUUUUACCUGUAUCGUACAAGUUCCAUAUAAGGAUUAUGCACUGAUGGGGCCAAUUUGCAGGCUUAUGCACUAGAAGUAGACCAACACAAAAGAACAAUGCUUCUUGUUAACAAAGCAGAUCUUUUACCCAUUUCUAUCAGAAAGAAAUGGGCUGAAUACUUCCACAAGCAAGGGAUUCUUUUUCUAUUCUGGUCAGCUAAAGCUGCCUCUGCGGCUAUGGAAGGGAAGAUACCAACGAUCUCUCAAGAGGCAGGUGAUGCUGAUACAAAAAUUGUUGGCAGAGAAGAGCUAUUGGUCCGGUUACAGUCUGCAGCGGAGGAGAUAGUUUUGACUAGGAAUAGGUCAGCUUCUGUUGGAGGAGGCCCGUCUCAUGCUCAUCGUGCUAAUGAAAACUUAGCAGCAGAUGUUCAAUCUAGAAGUGUGAUGGUGGGGUUUGUGGGGUAUCCUAAUGUUGGAAAAAGCUCAACCAUUAAUGCUUUGGUAGGGGAAAAACGGGCUGGUGUGACAUCUACUCCCGGGAAGACAAAGCAUUUUCAAACACUCGUGAUAUCUCCUAAACUUACUCUAUGUGAUUGCCCUGGUUUGGUGUUUCCAUCAUUCACAAGUUCGAGAUAUGAGAUGAUUGCAUGUGGUGUUUUGCCAAUUGAUCGGAUGACUGAGCAUAGAGAGGCUGUACAGGUGGUGGCAAAUCGAGUCCCUAGAAAAAUUAUUGAGGAUGUCUACAACAUAUCUCUGCCGAAACCAAAGCCGUACGAGUCACAGUCUCGUCCACCUACUGCAGCAGAACUUUUGCGAACAUACUGUGCAUCUCGUGGUUAUGUUGCUGCAAGUGGAUUGCCUGAUGAAACAAGAGCAGCACGUCAGAUGUUGAAAGAUUAUGUUGAUGGGAAGCUUCCACAUUUUGAAACGCCUCCA